AUGGGUAUUUUAUAUAGCAAAUUAUUUUUAUUUAUUGUUCUACUAAUUUGCAUAUUAUCACCUGGAAAUAAUACACUUCAUAAAUAUGUUGAAAUAAAAGAAAGGAUAAAUAAUUUAUUAAAUCAUCCACAUUUAAGAUUAUUAACAGAAAGAAUUCCAGAUGAUUCAUUAAAUGGAUUGAGAAUAAAUGAAGAAAAUGUAGAAGAUGUUGAAAACAAAGAACAUGAAGGAUAUGAUAAUGAAAAUGAUGAAGAUGAUGAAGAUGAUGAAGAUGAUAAAGAUUAUGAAGAUAAAAAUGAAGAUGAUGAAGAAGAUGAAGAUGAAAAAGGACAAAAUAAACCUUAUCAAAAUAAUAAAUAUCAUAAAAAUAAUAAAAACUAUGAAAACGAUAAAAUAAAUAAAUAUGAUAAAGUACAUAUAAAUGAUCAAUCUAAUUCUAAAGCUUCAAAUGAUACUGAUGAAGAUGGUGUCAAUUAUGAAACGAUACCUAUAAAACCAACUUCCUUAAGAAAUGGAGUGAGAAAAGAAAAUAUAGAUAAUAAUAACAAUAACGAUAGUACUAAAACUAGUAAUAAUAUUAAAAUUAAAAAUAGCGAAGAACAAACUGCUCCAUUAAAUAUGCAACAAUUAAUAGAAAAAAGUUUAUAUGAUUUAAAAGUAGGUAACCACAUAUAUCAUGAAAAAAAAAAAUACGCAGAUGAAAUAAUAGAUUCCAUGAAGCUUACAGAAAAUGUGAAAAAUAUAUUCAAAGAAUUGGUAUAUUAUUAUUUGUGGAAAAGAGAGCCAGGAUAUCAACUUAAGUUAUAUAAGAAAAUUGAAAAGGAUAUCGAAAAAUACUCAAAGAACCAUGUUAUUUGUACUAUUAUUGAUUUGGAAAAUUUAGAAGAUGAUCUAUAUUAUUUACAAUACCCAGAAAGAGAAAUUUAUAGGGAUUUUGAUACAGCAAAGGAAAAUAGACAAAGACGAAAAAUUAAAGAAAAACUGAAAGAACUUAAAAAGCAACAGAAGAAACAAAAAAAAAAAAAAAAAGAAAUUGAAAAACUGAACAAAAGAGAGUUGCUAUAA